AUUACUAAGACGAUAAUACUUACCUUUAAUUUUUAAUUAGGCUCUUACACUGUCAGCGCAAGUGUCUGAGGUAAAUGCUUUCCUGUGGUCAGACGAGGCAGUUGGUGGCGUUUUCGCGUUGGCAUCAUUUCAGUUGUGUGCCUCGGUCUUUAUAGCAGAUUUUCAAACAGGACAAGGGUGGACCUCCCAGCACGUUUUAGUGGCGCCUCUGCGAGUGUUUGUGUCAGCUCAGUGAUCUUAUGCCAUGGGUCCACCCGUCCGUUAUUUGGUAUUAAAUCUUCAUGAGCAUUUUCAUAAACAUAUUAUUAUCAUUAUCGUAUAUAUCAUUAUUUAUCAUGAUCACAGCAGAGUAGAAGCUGGUUUGUUAUAUGGUAAGCUAAGCAGAGUUGGGUACGCCAGAUGUGGGUUCGAAUCCCGGUUCGCCCCGUUUACGAUUCUAGGUUUGUUAGCACUGUACCCGUGCUUGUGGGUUUCGCCAAAGUGGUAAACGUUUAGAAUCGCAUUACUGAGAGACAAAGCACAGUGGUGCAAAGCGGUUAUCCCCAAUAUGAUCUUUGGUCUGUCAGUAAAGGUCACGUGAUCCUUGGUUUCACAUUCAAGGUAAACGUUCACAACCCUCGACACGUUUGUCUUUCCUCUCACAUUCACGUGCCUAGCUGUUGAAACCCAAAUAACUCACUAACUCUUUGCACUGAAAGUGGCACGCUUGUCUCAAGGUCAACACAAAUCAAACUGCCCUCAAAAAGAAGUAUACAUUUAAAAAUUGAAUUUGACCAAACAAUUACACUCGUUAUCAAAACGUUAUCACAACAGUCCCUAAAUACUGAGGUCCGAAACACAUCUAUGACACCGUAGCUAAUACAUCACCAUCGAAUAACCAUUUCUUCUUUUUGUCAUCUUUAGCCACCAUCAAACAUAGGUGUAUGCUUCUUUUUGCCUGGCAGUUUAGAUGCACUGUAUGUAAGGAAACAUCCAUCUCAUUCUGCGCUGUCUGUAACGGGCACUUAGCCGCACUGCAGGUCGGCAGUUCAAUGUAAUGUAUAUAUUUAGAGGUGACGUGAGACCACGUGGUACCAUUUCCCACGCAAAUAGAUGGUACAACGUAAUUAAGUGAAACAAUCGAAAUGGGUCUUUGAUGCAAAAAUUGCCGACCACAUGGUAUAACAACAUGCUGGGAGUUGUUCGACCGUGUAAUUGUCAUCUAUCCGUUCGGAGGAGUGUUGCCUCUACCACAAGCUAGACCAAAGCGACCUUCAGCUUUCAUUGACAUUUUCAUUUUCAUUUAAAUCUCAAGUCCUCCUUCUAAGUGCAUGUGUACGGAGGAACCAUCGCGUGCUGAAACUGGUAAGCUUGACCUGUUGUCGGUGGCCUUUAAGAACGCCGUGGGGGAAAGAAGGGCAGCGUGGCGGGUGAUGAAGAACAUAGUGGAGCAGUGCACGGGGAAAGAUACAACGGACCAAGAGGAUGAAGUCAAGAAGGAGAAAGCAAGGAAAGACGAAGGAUCUGAGGUGAAGAGAGAGCUUGCCAAGGAAUACAUGGACGUAUUGGACAGGGAGAUUACAAACAUCUGUGAAGACCUCCUGACUCUGCUGGACAAGCACCUUCUGGACGCUGCGUCCUCUCCUGACACCAGAGUCCUACUUCUCAAAUUAAAGGGAGACUACCCCCGGUAUAUGGCCGAAAUACAGAGUGGAGAAAAGAGGACAGUGUCGGUGACAGCCGCCACCACUGCUUACCAGGAGGCUAUGGAGCUCGCCAUGAAUGAACUGCUGCCUACACAUCCCCACAGACUUGGCCUCAUCCUCAACAUAUCUCUCUUCUACUACUCUAUCCUUGACAGUAGGGAGAAGGCCUGUCACAUCGGACAGAAGGGUGUGGAUUCGGCUGAGGCCAACAGAGACACGGCAGACAAGGAGACGUGGAGGGAGAGUUCGCGCCUUAUACAGGUUAUCAAGGACAAUGUGGAGACCUGGACUUCUGAAUGAUUAAGAAAACUGCCCAUUCUUCUGAAGAUACUGAAAGCGAGAAGAAAAGCCGCAUAUCCAGGAAAAUGAUGCUGCCAGCUUAAGUGUUUUCUUACAGACCUCCGCACCCGCCAUUAAUACACAAAACAACGUUAAAUAUAUAUUUAUAACUUCAUAUUGAAUUAUCACAAUUUCUUGAUAUUUUUCAAAAUAUUUUUGUAUAACGCGUAUCAUGUUUGUACUUGAUCUCCCUUCCAUUGGCCCUGAACACGACAUGCUUAUAACCAUGGGCUCUGCUUUUUUAACAGAUGUAAACUUAUAGCAUUAAAAAAUUACCGUUA